AAGUAAAAUAACCCUAAAUCUAAUGUGUUGCUGCCGCCUCUCCACUCUCUUCUUCGAUUUCUUUUAUGCCUUAGCUACACAACGCCGGUGACUUCUUGAAAUUGCCACAACGCCGGUCUGAAUCGCUCAUAUACUUCUUGAUUCAACGAUUCGGCUCCAUUGUUCGUCGCCUCUGCUGCAGCAACGAUUCAGCUCCAUUUUAUUUUUACAUCGUCAUCUUCUUCCGCACCUUGCCGGAAAGUUUCCCGGCAUGGAUGAAGAUCAACCGUCUCCCACUCGUAGGAAGGCAAAGUUCACCCCAAAAGCCCCUCCUCAAAGGAGGCUCAGACCUACUCUUCCCAAAACUGAAGUUGCUAAUAAAAUUGAGGAUGAAGAAGCUGAAGCACAGAAGCUCACACUCCUAAUUCAAUGUAAAAUAUUUUUCUUACGUUGUAAAUUUCUCACAGUAAAUUAUUGAGAUCAGAGAAGCCAGUUCGAUAGGAGACACCCGUGGAGUUUAAUCCAAUAAAGACUACUGCUAAUAUACCUGCAAGCAGAAAUAGCAUGCGCAAUUCAACUUUGUUAAACUUAGUCAAAGUGAAGGCUGAACCAUUGGAUAGUAGUGAAUUGCACAAGCCAGGCAUGAGUGCUGCUGCUAACCUCUCAUUGAACAUAAAAUCAGUGAAGAGUGAAGUGAAUAUCUCUGCUGAACUGAAUAUAGAUGAGGUAGAUGACAUGCAAUUGCAACAGCGGAUGAAGCUACGGAUACCAGAAAAAGAUUCCAAAUCAAAUACUUCAGACAAUUUUCAGUGCUCGGGGAAAGGUUUCCCUUCUGUUGAGAAAGGCCCUGCUGUUAUGCAAGCUACAAACCCAAUACGUAUUAGUUGCCCACGGAAAAGGAAGAAGACUGCCACGGAUUCAAUUGAAACAGCUCUAGAAGAAGAUGCUCCCGGACUUCUGCAGGUGUUGAUUGAACAAGGGGUGUCAAUUGAUGAAAUGAAGCUUUAUGGAGAGACAGAAAAUGAUGAACCCAUUGAUGAAUCAUUCAUUGAAGAUGGCUUUGCAGAUCUUGAAGCUGUUAUAUCAAAGGAUUACAACCACACAUACUAUCCGGCAACUCUUCCUUUGAGACGGCCUAACUCUGGUGACCUGGAACUUCUUGAUGAGGCUGAGUUUGGGAAGGCUGCAAGGAAAUGGAGUAUGAUGAGAACACUAUCAAUGCUGCUUCAGAUCUUGGACUGUUGGUUGGUGUUGGAUCAGAGGAAUGUGACAAAGAAAGAUUGAUUUUCUUUCAACUUCCUGCCAAGCUACCCUUUGUCAAGCACCCAGCUAGUGCAAAGGGAAAAGAGAAAGCUAAAGGCUCAAUUCCGUCACAGGACCAGAGUGCUACAAGGAAGGAAAGCGGUUUAGAAGAGUUAUCAGGGGGAUACAUGGGCAAAAUGCUGGUUUACAGGAGCGGAGUGGUGAAGCUGAAGCACGCCGGUCUGAAUCGCUCAGAUAUUUACGGUUCUAAUUUUACAAAAUUUUGAUAAUGCAGAUCUAUUUUAAAAGUUAUGCUUAAUUCAGUUUCUUGUCUUUUUAGUAAAUAUUUUACAAGUUUACAUGUAAUCGGUUAUUUUAGUAUAUUAAAGACUUAUUCAUUUAUUAUUUUAUGUAAUUUUUAAUUUGAUUUA